GAGAAGUUCUGGUUCGGGCGGACGCGAGUGGGUGGCUUCCCAAAGACUGGGGCGGUCAGGGCGAGGUUCUGGCGGGAGUGCGUGGCAGACCUCAAGCUCUCUCUGGAACAGAGAGGCCAAAAGCUCUUCCUGCGGCACGGCAUGUCGGCGGCCGAUGCGCUACGCCAGCUGUCGCAGCACCUGGAGAUCUGCCAGGUUUUCGUCUUCCAAGAGGUCUGCUCCGAAGAGUUGCAGCUAGAGGCGGAGAUGGAAGUGGCGCUGAGGGAAGUCACUGGUGGAGCUGGGCAAGUGGUGAGGUGCUGGGGCUACACACUGCACCACAUUGAUGACCUCGAGGCGUGUGGCAAAGCGCCGGAGCGCUGGAUCACUCCCUAUUUGUCGUUCGGGAAUUUCAAGCGGGACAUCGCGGCAUGCAAGGUUCGUCCUGUCAACGCGGAGUGGAAGCUGCCAGAGGGCCACCUCCAACUGACGAAGCCGCCGGCUUCGGGCGUCGAGUGGGGCUCCCUGCCGAGUUUGCCGGAUCUGGGCUUCGACGAGUCUUUCGUUUCCGACGGCGAGAGGUCUGCGGUGCCCUGGCGAGGCGGCGAGAGCUUCGCUCUGGCUCGGGUACAGCAGUACAUUUGGGAGCGGCGAGGGCUGAAGCAGUACGUGGGCACUACCGACUGGUCUGCAGGGGGCAAGUGCGGCGCGCCGCGAGACCAGACCUCCAAGCUCUCGCCGUACCUGGCCUUCGGGUGCGUCUCGCCGCGGCUGCUGUACUGGGAGAUCCAGCGCUUUGAGAAAAGCGACCGCUGCAAGGGCGCGCGGGGGCUCAUCAACUCCUUGCUCUGGCGAGACUUCUACAGGUUCAUUGUGCACUUCGCCUGGGGGGACCGCCUCUUCCACCUCUAUGGGCCCAUGAGCUGCGGCUCUGUGCCGGGCGGCCACAAGGUGCCCACCAAGUGGUGCUGCAAGCACUACAACAACCUUUUCGGAGGCUCGGAUCCUAGACUGUGGACUUGGAAGAAGGACUUGGCCAAGUUUGAGCGCUGGGCGGAGGGGCGAACGGGGUAUCCCUUUGUGGAUGCCGCCAUGCUGGAGCUCAAGGAGACAGGAUACAUGCUGCAUUUGAACCGCGAGACGGUGGGCUGGUUCUUCAUGCGUGACCUUCAGCUUGAUUGGCGCCUGGCGGCGGAAUGGUUCGAAAGCCGACUACUGGACCAUGACUGCGUCUUGAACUGGGGCAACUGGGCCUACUUCAUCCUCACGCAGCUCCCGUCGCGCGAGGACGACCGGCCGGGGGGCGGGCCGCGGUACACGCUGCCCCGGUACUCGCCCUACCUCAUGGCCUCCCAGGUUUUGGGCUGGGGCCGAGACCACGACCCUGACGCGAGGUACGUGAAGAAGUGGAUCCCCUCGCUGCAGUCCCUUCCGCCCGAGCUCUGCAGAGAGCCUUGGAAAGCGGAUCUGACGGAUGCCACGGACGACGCUGAAUCGGACUGGACCUGCGCCGCCUGCACGCUGCAGAACCUGGCCCAGACUCGGCGCUGUGAGGCCUGUCUCGCUCGCAGGCCGUGUGCGUCGCUGUACGUGGCGCCUUUGGUGCCGCCGCCACCGGAGCAGCUGGGGCUCUGCGGCAGCUGCGGGGCGAUGGAGGUGAACGGCUGGGAGUCGGAAGAGGCCAUUUUCUUCUGCGAAGAUUGCUGGGCUCAGUGGCUGGCGAGCCAAGUUCAGGUGAACAUGGCACAAGUCACAGGGACCGCCUCCGACUUGGAUCCUGACGCCGGCUGGGCGCUGGUGCCGGAGCUGGCACCGACGGCUUCCGCGGUCGCCGCGGCCGCGGCUCCGGACCGAGGGCCGCGGAAGGGCGCGCGCUGGGCGGUGCGGGGGAACCGCAGUGACAAGCUGGCGGGGGGCUAGGGCUCCACCCUGCCCCAAGCUCAGGAACCCCCCACAACCACUACCACUCCCUUUCUCAACAAGUCCGUAAAUAAAGUUAGUAUUUGGAAUGGUUCCGAAAAUUCAGGUGCGCAACCUUGUACAGGCACUCGAUACCUGGAUGUUUUCCCACGCGGAUUCCGCUCAGACCGCUUUUCGGCGCUGUGCUCGCCCCCACUGAGCGGUUGCGCGGUC